CAAAAUUUCAAAUGUUGUUAUCGCUAGGCCUAGAUAAAUACGGAGAGCACAUGAACUUAACACAAGAUGCCUAAAAGACGGCGUGUAAAAAGCACAAGUUCUGAAAACAGCUCUGAAGGAAGUGUUAGCUCGGCUGAUGCAGUACAGUCUCGGAGACAGACAAGAAGCUGUCGAGUACGACCAGAAGUACUUGAAGAUGGCAGAGAAGCAAAUAGUCCUGUAAAGAAGACAAAGCCAUGUGAGGUUUGCAAAAAUGGUGGUAACCUGUCUACAUUAUUAAUCUGUAAAAAGUGUGAUUGUACAUAUCAUCAAAAAUGCCUUGGAGCAAACCAAAGGAUCAAAGCCACAGGAAGAUUAGGAAAAUGGGUGUGUGAUGAAUGCUCUAGGCAUUCUCAAAAGUCCAGUGUGGAUAAGAACAACAUUGACACUGAUGUCUUUAGUGCUGAAGCUUCAUCAGAUGGAGAAAAGACUAGUAUAGCAGUUGAAAUGACACCUCGGGAAGUGCGUGCUUUGAGACGGAAACAAAAUGUAGAUGAGGCUGAGCAGUCUGAUGUUGAAUCUGAAGAGGUCCAGCCAGAGAGAAAACAUCUGAGGAGGAAAAGGGUGCGUCGAGCAGCACCACAAGAAGAAAAUUCAGACAGUGAGAGUGGUAGUGAAAGGAGUAGACUACCAGUCACACGAACAACACGUUUACGCAGUAAAUCUCAAGCACUUGCCAAAGCUGCAGCCAGAGGCCAAGGUUAUACCAGUGACAGUGGAAGUGAUGUAUGUGGUAUAAUAUCCAAAAAAGAUUCAAAGAAGGAUCUCUUCUCACCAUUUUCUUCAAUUACUAAAUUGCCACGUGCAACAAGGAACAAACAACAGAGACAGCUUAAUAUUGAGAAUGAAGUAAAAAUAGAAGAUGAAGAAGAUGAGGGUGAACCAGUUUGUCCUCUUCCAGGCUGUGAUUCCAAGGGUCACCUCAGUGGCCAAUACCCUACACACUGUACAAUAGCUGCAUGUCCAACUUAUCACAACACAACACCAGAAGAAUGUGAGGAAAAAUGUAAAGAAAGGUCUCAGAGAAGAUCAGAAAGAAUGAAGGCAUUAGAAGAAAGUGCUGUCAACAAGUUUGGAUUAAGAAAAAUGGGACCAAAUGCUGACCAAAGAGACAGAUAUAAUCAACUCAUGGAUCAAAGAAAGAAACUUAGUUCUCUGAAGGUUAAUGUGAAAAAAGAAUUACAGGUUGGUGAGGGUGAAGGAGGAAUUGAAGAAAAGUCAUGUGAACCUAACUUGAGUGGACUUACACCGGUGUUUGAUUUAGAAAUGUUUAGAGAAGCCCAAGCCAAAGCUUGUGAAGAAGUGCAGGAACAACAGAGGUUACAGAGAUCCAAGAGAGGAGGUAUCAGAACGAUAGAGCUUGGAAGAUAUGAGAUGGAUGUCUGGUACAGUUCACCUUACCCAGAAGAAUAUCAGUGUCUUCCGAAGCUCUUCUUGUGUGAUUACUGUCUCAAGUACAUGAAUAGCUCUACAAUAUUACGCAGACAUAUGGCUAAAUGUGUAUGGAGACAUCCACCUGGUGAUGAAAUCUACAGGAAAGGAAAUAUCUCUGUCUUUGAGGUUGAUGGGGAUAAAAAUAAGAUUUAUUGCCAAAACCUUUGUCUUCUUGCCAAGCUCUUUCUGGAUCAUAAGACUCUCUAUUUUGAUGUGGAACCCUUCUUGUUUUACAUUAUGACAGAAGCUGACACUGAAGGCUGUCACAUCAUUGGGUAUUUCUCCAAGGAAAAAAGCUCUUUUUUGAAUUACAAUGUAUCCUGUAUUUUAACACUGCCUCCGUAUCAGAGACAAGGGUAUGGAAAGAUGUUGAUAGAUUUCAGCUACUUACUGACUAAAGUUGAACAGAAGGUUGGUUCUCCUGAAAAACCUCUUUCUGACCUUGGUCUAAUCUCCUAUAGAAGCUACUGGAAGUGUAUUCUCCUUGAUUAUUUGUGUCAUUAUGAUGGAAAAGAAAUAUCAAUUAAAGAUAUCAGUCAGGAAACAGCUAUCAAUGCUUAUGAUAUUGUCAGUACUUUACAAGCCCUAGGAAUGUUGAAAUAUUGGAAAGGCCGACAUCUUGUAUUAAAGAAACAGGAAUUGUUGGAUGAAUAUAUGGCCAAAAAUAAGAAAAAACGUGGUGAUAAAGGCAUUGAUCCCAGUUGUUUGAGAUGGCGCCCUUACACUCCAGUUAAGUGAUUCAUAAAAGUGAUAAACACCACCACUGUGCUUUAUUGUUGUCCUCAAUCCUGCCAACUUUUAUCAGCAGUUGAUAUGUGGGAAGGUUAAUGAUUAUUUUCCAUUUAAUUCUCAUAUAUUAAUUUCAGUUAUUUUUUCCCAGAAAGUUUGUGAACAAAGAUGAAGAAAUGCUGUUUUUCUAUUAAGCCUGUAUUAUGCACUAUACUCUAUGACAUUUUUCUGUAGUUACUUAGCAUCCACAAUACUGAAUCUAAAAAAGAUAAUAGCUACAUUCAGGGAGGAAUAAAAGUCUGUUGGUUGGUUUUCAGCCAAUACCUUGAUUACCGUAGUUUAUUGAAAUGUAGAGUAUAAUUCUUUCAGGAAAGAUUUCUUUAACUUAAGGAAUAAUUUGAGAUAUUUUCAUUCAAGUACUUUAAAAUUUAAAAACUACUUACCAUGCUUCCUCUCUAUUUAAAACUUAUGAACCUCGGGAUCUCAAUCCCAAGAUUAUGACUUGAAACAUUUAUAAGAUAAAUCUCACAGUUACUUGUACAAACUUUAUGCAUUUAAUUCCUUUUUAAGGUUAUGAAGAGUAGUAGUGAAAUCGUUAUGCCUACAUAAAAGACAAGUUUUCAACAUAUUUGUGCUCGUGGGAUCUAGUAGUGCCAUUUCUUGUGAUCUUUAGUGUGAAAAUCUGAUCAGUUUAGUGAAGUCAUGAGUUAGCUACAGUUUUUUUUUUCAUUAUUGAGUUUUUAUAUAUGUUCUAGAUUAUUUAAAUGUCCAGUGAAUUUUACCACUGGUAAUUAGUUAAUUUGGUAUAUAAAAAUAUGCACUUUAAAAAAUUCCAUAAUUUCUUUAGAAAAUGAGUUACAAACUUCAGUACUUGAUUUUGUGGACUUAUCUAUGUAAUUUUAUGGUACUUGGCAAAUAGGUUUCCUUUUGCUGCAGUAAACUGUAUGAAUAAUCGAGAAGAUUUUGCUUCAAAAAGUACCAGUGCUAAGGUACAAAAGUAACUUUUGUAUUAAAAUGAACAUAUUUAUUGUUUAUACUCUUGUGUUAUAAGGUUAUAUGCUGAGGUACAAAUUAAAAAUUUGAUGAUUUUGUGUAAGAUUACAAUAUAAGUGUGUAGCAUAUUAUAAGAAACGAAGCACCACAUGCCAUUAGCUAGACUGAUAGUGACUUAAACUCUCUGAACCUAAUCAAUAUAUAUAUAUAUAAUAAAAUGAAUUAGCUCAAAAACUGAAACAUGAGAAUUAAAAGAUAAAAAAGUGUAGCUUUGUCGUCAUCUAAAAACUCUAUAGUAAUAAAGGAGACGGAGAAAAAUUUUCGGAACUUGGUUUUAUGAGGUGGGGUAAUGUCAUUGGGGAAGCCACAGAACUGCUUAGUAAAACAUAGAUAUUGUGUACAGAGAAAAAAAAACAAACUUGAUUUUAUUAUAUCGUUGCCUACCUUAAAAACUUCCUUAUCAUCUUAAGGUUCAGAGAAGGUGAAAUGUCUAUUUUGUUAAAAACGUAUAUUUAUGUAUGUUUUGUGUUGGUGUAGAGAUGGUAAUUGCAAAUACAAAAACAAAUUACAGUGGAUUCUUAGUUACCUGAUUACUCCUCUUUUGGGGGGAUUAGUAAGUGAUUCUAUAUUUUAGAAAGAUGCUGUAAAAUAUGCAUACAUUGAAAACAGUGAUAAUUAUAAGUUUAAUCACAUGUUUAUUAUCAUAUUCACAGAUAAAAAAAUUUUUUUUUUCUUUUGCAUUUAAAAUGUCACUGAAAAGGGAAGUCUUGUGAUAUGCCUGUACUGUUCAUAUCACACACCUGACUGUUAGUUAAGGUUUUACUGAAGUCAUUGAAAUGUACCUCCAAGUAAGAAGCAAAAUUAUUCAUGGAAGAUACAAGAGAAAAAGAAACUUAACUGUGCAGAAGAUAGUUUUUAAGCAUGAUUGUUUAAUUCUGGAAAAAGCUAAAGUAUGUACUGGAAUGUAGAUAGCUUUAACAGACUGUUCAUUUUUCUAUAUGUGAUUUGUUUGUUUAACCUAUACAAAGUUUGAAGAAAGUUCAAUUUUAUAAAGACAGUUAUAAGUGCAAAGAGGACAUGUGAAGGUGAGGAAGAUUGCCAUUGAAGCAAUAUACAUAUUUAAAUUAUCUGUUAAUUCAUUAUAACUUAAAUUAGUAUCUAUUACUACACAGUGAUAUAGUAGUUAGGUUUAUCAUAAUUAUAAUUCACUUUUGUUUUAAACUUAAAGAUUAGUAAACUAAGUAACAUUUAUUUUGUGGAAUAUAUUUUCUGAGCAGUCACAUGUGAGAGGUCAUGUUUGACAGCUUAAAAACUUAGUUCCAACUUUUUAAUGUUGUAGUGGAUAUGAGUGUCUUGUUAGUAAAAGUUGUACGUAGAAGUGAGAUUAUGAAUCAUUAGAUUUAAUUAGAAAUAGUUCUUCACCAUAUUGAAGUAUCAGAGUUGCACUAGAUAUUGUCUUGAUAAUCCUGCUAUUCAGAUCCUGUAGUAGAUAUUAAAAGACUUAUUAAGUUGUA